AUGCCGACCGACCGAUCGACCGCCGCGUGGCCGCCACGCGCCUCGAUGUACAUCCUUGCCUGUCUCUUGACACUAAAGACCUUCGGCCCAACCGAUGCGAUGCCAAUUUACACGAACGACGAUGUGUGGGAGGAAACGAAAACCAACUCGUCGACCUUGGGUAUCCGAGGACACCACUUCUUGGGCAAGCCGUCGGGCAGAAUAACCAUCUCUCACAAUGCUCGUGCUCAUGAACAUCCUAAGAAACAUAACGCAACAGGAGCUAUCGUGGGCGGCACUAUCGGCGUUGGUAUUGUGCUUGGCCUCACGGUCUUCGUGUGCUUCAAGAUUUAUAGAGAGUAUGUCAUCUAUCGACGACACGAAAACCAAGCGAACGAUACCUCCCCAAACUCACGACAUACUAAGGGCUCCGGGACCGCACUUCUUAGGAGAAUAGGUGCUUCGUUUAAGCACGCUUGGUCUUCUGCGGCCGACGACUCUGCGUCCAUUGCCUCGUUCGGAAACCUAUCAACCGCCGCCCAAGUUGGCACGACAGCACCAACCCCAGGCCCGGCGAUUCCUCCUAAGGCUGCUGACUUACUUAGUAUUAGACAGAAUGCCUGGAACUUCCAAGUACCGGCAACACCUCCCCCGUUGACCGCAACUGUCCCAACAUCGAUGCCGCCGUUACCGCAGCAGCAACCGUUUCGGCCACUCCCACUCCGCUCACCAUGGUCACGUCGUAGCUCCACCUCCACGUUGAGCACCCUGGGCAGAGAGCUCCUCGAAGACACAAAACAUACGCCCUCGCCGAACAAAUACUCGACGCCCGCUCGCCUUCCAGGAUGGCCGUCACGUCCGCCUCGAACGCCGCCGCCUCGUCCUCCUCCAGCGCCCCCCUCGAGCACUGACGAGACCUUGGUUGAUCGAGGAUGUAGCCCACGGUACUUUGUGCCAACGUUUAGCCCUGGGGGGCAGUUGCAGACCCCGUCAUCUCCAGCGGAUACGUUCCGGAUGGAGAAUAUGCGCCGGGAGAGGUGGGAGGCGAGGCGGUUUAGUAUGGGAAGCAAUGUGAUUUGA